AUGGGGCGGCGGGGGGGCUGCCCUGCCCCACUCUGCCUCCUCUUCCUCCUGCUCCAGGUCGGCCACCGGCUGUGCGAGCGGGCAGCACCGUGCCAGCCCGGCUUCACCGCAGAGACCUUCGCCCUCACCGUGCCGCAGGACAGCGUGGCGGCGGGAUGGGCGCUGGGACGAGUGAGCUUUGUGGACUGUGGCGAGCAGCAGCGUGCCGUGUACCUCUCGGAUGACAUGCGUUUCAAGGUGAGCGGGGAUGGCGUCGUCUCUGCAACCCGGCCCCUGCUGCUCCAGCGGCGGGAGAUCACGUUCUCCGUCCACACCUGGGAUGCUGAGGGCAAGAAGCAUUCGGCCAGGGUGUCCCUGCGCAGGCGGCGGCAACAUCACCAUCGCCGCCGCCACCACCACCAGCAGCAGGACGUGGCGCUCGACGUGCUGACCUUCCCCGCGCCCGGCCGUGGCCUCCAUCGGCAGAAGAGGGACUGGGUCAUCCCCCCCAUCAACUGCCCCGAGAACGAGCGGGGGCCCUUCCCCAAGAAGCUGGUGCAGAUCAAAUCCAACAAGGACAAGGAGACCAAGGUUUUCUACAGCAUCACGGGGCAGGGGGCGGACACCCCCCCCGUGGGCGUCUUCACCAUUGAGCGGGAGACGGGGUGGCUGGAGGUGACGAAGCCGCUGGACCGAGAGGAGAUGGAUAAAUACGUCCUCUUCUCCCACGCCGUGUCGGCCAACGGGCAGCCCGUGGAGGACCCCAUGGAGAUCAUCAUCACUGUGACGGACCAGAACGACAAUCGGCCCAUCUUCACCAAGCAAGUCUUCAUCGGCUACAUCGAGGAGAAUGCGAAGCCGGGCACGUCCGUGAUGACGGUGAACGCCACGGAUGCAGACGAUGGGGUCAAUGUGAACAAUGGCAUCAUCGGCUACUCCAUCCUCAGCGAGGAGCCCAAGAGCGCGCAACAGAUGUUCACCAUCGACCCAGAGAAGGGCAUCAUCAGCGUCAUCGGCACGGGGCUGGACCGGGAGACCACUCCCAACUACACGCUGAUCAUCCAGGCUGCAGACCAAGAGGGCAAUGGCCUGACCAACACUGCCACCGCCAUCGUGGAAGUCACCGAUGCCAACGACAACCCUCCCGUCUUCAACCCCACCAUGUACGAGGGGACAGUGAACGAGAACGAGGUGGGUGUGGUGGUGGCCCGGCUGUAUGUGACGGACCAGGACAUGCAGGGCUCCCCUGCCUGGCAAGCCGUCUACCGCAUCAAAAGUGGGGACCAGGACGGUGACUUCAGCAUCACCACCGACCCCAAAACCAAUGAUGGCAUCCUGAAAACCGCCAAGGGCCUGGAUUACGAGACCAGGAGCCGGUACAAGCUCGUGGUGACGGUGGAGAACGCCAUCCCCUUCACCGUGUCCCUGCCGCUCUCCACGGCCAGCGUCCUGGUGGUGGUCGGAGACAUGAACGAAGCCCCCGUCUUCGUGCCCCCGGUCAAGAGGGUGGAGGUGAUGGAGGAUCUGCCGCUGGGGCACGAGGUCACCUCCUACACAGCCCAGGACCCGGACAGGGAUCAAAGGCAGAAAAUCACGUACCGCAUGGGCAGCGACCCUGCGGGGUGGCUGGCCAUCGAUCCCGAGAACGGCAUCGUCACGGUAGCCCAGCCGCUGGACCGGGAGUCAGUGCACGCCAUCAACAGCACCUACAAGGCCAUCGUCCUGGCCGUGGACAGUGGGUUGCCGGAUGCCACUGGCACGGGGACGCUGCUCCUCCUCCUCCAGGACGUGAACGACAAUGGGCCCAUGCCAGAGCCCCGGAUCUUCGACAUCUGCAACCAGAAGCCUGAGGAGCAGAUGCUGAGCAUCGUCGACAAGGACCUGCCCCCCAACACCUACCCCUUCCAGGCAGCGCUGGAGCAUGGCUCCAGUGCCAACUGGACCGUCAAGGUGACCGGACAAGACACGCUGGUGCUGAGCCUGGUGAAGGAGCUGGAUCCGGGGGAGUACAGCGUCUUCCUGAGGCUGACGGAUGGGCAGGGCAAGGGGCAGGUGACACCAGUCAAAGCCCAGGUGUGCGACUGCGAAGGGCCGGCCAAAAACUGCGAGCGGCGAGCGUUCAUCGCCAGCGGCCUGGGCGUCCCCGCCAUCCUGGGCAUCCUGGGGGGCAUCCUGGCGCUGCUGAUCCUCCUGCUGCUGCUGCUGCUCUUUGCCAGGCGGAGGAAGGUGGUGAAGGAGCCACUGCUCCCGCCCGAGGACGACAUGCGGGACAACGUCUACCACUACGACGAGGAGGGCGGCGGUGAGGAGGACCAGGACUAUGACCUGAGCCAGCUGCACCGGGGCCUGGACGCCCGCCCAGAGGUGAUCCGCAACGACGUGGCCCCCCCGCUGAUGGCCGCCCCCCAGUACCGGCCCCGGCCCGCCAAUCCUGACGAGAUCGGAAACUUCAUCGAUGAGAACCUGAAGGCGGCCGACACGGACCCCACUGCCCCCCCGUACGACUCCCUGCUGGUGUUUGACUACGAGGGCAGCGGCUCGGAGGCCACCUCGCUCAGCUCCCUCAACUCCUCCGCCUCCGACUGCGACCAGGACUACGACUACCUCAACGACUGGGGCAGCCGCUUCAAGAAGCUGGCGGACCUCUACGGCGGCGGGGAGGAGGACGACUAG